GCAGGAAUCCUGUAUGGUGCUGCUGUUUCUGGAGCUAAGAACAUCCUGGUCUCAUUUCAGCUGAUGGAGCCUCUCCACUGGAGUGUGGCACAGCCCGUUCUCUGAUGUUGUUCUCCCUGAUGCCCACACCAAUCAUCUGAUCUCUUUUGUCCCAACAAGUGCGUGGCUCCUCAUAUGGUACUGUCCUCACGUCACUGCAGCUGUCUCUGAAAGUUUCCAGUGCUGGCUACAGCUGCUUUACAUCAAGAUUUACCUGCACACUUUGAGCUGGUUUCCUGGGCUCGUCUUCAUCAUUUCUAGAAUCAUGACCACUGUGGCAAAUAUACCCAUAAGUGUCUACUGUAGCUUGCAGUCAGACCUCUCAUAGACAUAGAAGUCCCUCCCACAGGAAACACAUGGCCAGGCCAGCUUCAAGUUUCACACAAGAGGAGGAGUAAGAAACAAACAGACGUUCCAAAUCCAAGAAGAAGCGGAGGUUACUGUUUCUUGCAGCUCUGUGCCAUGAGGUCGUCUUUCCUCCUCCUACUCCCCUUCCUCAUGAGUGUGAGGGAGGCUAAAGGAGGAUCAGACUUCAGAGUCUGUGCCUUCAACCUCCAACACUUUGGGGAUUCCAAGGCCAAGAAGACAGAGGUCAUGCAGAUUCUUACCAGGAUCAUCACUCGCUGUGAUGUGUGUUUGCUUCAGGAAGUGAGAGACAGUAAAGAAAAAGCUUUACCAAAGUUGCUUGCAAGCCUUAACAGCUAUGACAGUAAACAUAAGUAUGAUGCUGUGGCCAGUGAGAGGCUGGGCAGGUCUGAAUCAUACCAGGAGCAGUAUGUGUUUGUUUACAGGACUGAUACAGUGACAGUCACUGGCCAGUAUCAGUAUCCUGACGAUCGACCAGGAGAUGUUGAUGCUUUCUCCAGAGAGCCUUUUGUUGUCCGCUUCAAAGCCCCAAAGGCAGUUAUAAAGGAGUUUGUCCUCAUACCUCAGCACACCACUCCAACCAACACCACUAAGGAACUUGAUGCACUGUAUGAUGUUUUGCAACAUGUUAAAAAGAUGUGGAAAACUGAGAAUGUGAUGCUUCUUGGAGAUUUCAACGCUGACUGUGGUUACCUCGCUAAGAAGAACAGGAAGCAUGUGCGCCUGAUUACAGAGAAGAGCCUUACCUGGCUCAUUGAAGAUGAAAUAGACACCACUGUGCGAUCGACCACCUCCUGCACCUAUGACAGGAUCGUUGUGCAUGGGGAGAAAUUUGCCAGAGAAAUUGUGCCUCUUUCAGCCAAACCAUUUGACUUCCAAAGGGAAUACGGACUCACAGAGGAGCAGGCGCUUGAGGUCAGUGACCACUACCCAGUGGAGGUCCUGCUGAAGGUCGUGAACUCCAGGCUCUUCUUUAAUGGUGCCACUUCUUUGGCAUUGACUGGCACAAAGGAGACAACAUCCAAAUCAAAGUUCUUGUCUUUGUUUUGUCCUCAGCUACCUCGUGUCCCAAGUCUUGAUACUGUAGUUAAAUAAUAACAAUCUCAGGACAGUGUACUUCAUGAACUGAUGAGAACUUCCCCAAUGUGUAGAGUCCAACUCGCCAAAUAUCACUGAUAACACUCCACAGAAACAGCCCUUCAUGUUGGCUUCAAUGUUGGGGGGAACAAACAGAAAAUUACACAACUGAUGACCUUGAUCUUGAUAUAAUUCACCAUAUUACAAAAAUGUAUUUACCUGUGUAUCUGCAUGGGAGUCCUCAGUAAGAUUUAAGUUUAAGAAAAAGUACAGAUGCUGCCUGAUAGAAAAUCUGGUAUCCUGUAAAAUACAUUUAAAGGAUUUCAAAGAAAAUGUGAUAGUGUUGAAAACCAGAAGUAUAUCUCAGUUCAUAGUGAGAAUGUUGCACAAAUCAUUAAGCUGUAGGUAGAAAUGUAGUGAUUCAUGUGUACAGAAUUGAUGCACUGAAAUAAGUAAAUGGAGCUGAUGAGUUACUGAUGUGAUGGGACAAUUUAUCAAGUACCUCCUCUGUAAAAUGGUGCUGUAAUCUAGGGGUGGGGGUGGU